AUAACACCAAAUAAGUAAACAAAGAGCCAAAGACGACAAGAUCAAGGUGCGUCCAUGCAAACCUUCCUUACAAAUCCAUUUCAGAUAUAAAUGCACCGUCAAAGCUCUCUCUCCCACUUACACCACCACCACACCAAGACGUGGGGAGCUCAAUCAAUGGCUUCCAAAACCUCUUCUUCUAAACCAAAACCCUUCAUUUUCUUUAUCCUCUUCCUCUCCUUCUCCCUCUUUUUCGUUGAGUUAUCCUUUAGACCAAAGCCAAACCUUGUUAACACUCGUGCACUUCAACAUCAUCGGGCCAAGAUAUCAAGUGGGUUCAAUCUUAUUGCAAAAGAAUUAAAGGGUAAGAAAGUUAAAGUUGGUUUGGUUAAUGUAGGUGAUAGAAUAGAAGCUACAUAUAGAUUACUUGGAUUAACAAAGUCAAACACUGAAACUGUCAAGGUAGGGUUUGAUCAUGUGUCCAAGAAUUUGACAUGGAAUGACUUCUUCCCUGAAUGGAUUGAUGAAGAUGAGAAAUGGGCUCCACCCAAGUGCCCGGAGAUACCGUUGCCGAGGGUGGAGGAUUAUGAGGACCUUGAUUUAGUAAUAGCUAAGGUUCCAUGUGAUAGGGCUAAGGAGAAUAAAGGGAUUAGGGAUGUGUUUAGGUUACAAGUCAAUUUAGUGGUGGCUAAUUUGGUGGUAAGCAAUGGAUGGAUUAGUCUUGAUGUUAAGCGGACGGUGUACGUUGUGUUCAUCGGGUCUUGUGAGCCAAUGGUGGAGAUUUUCAGAUGUGAUGAUCUUAUGAUGCAUCAAGAGGAUCAUUGGGUGUAUAAGCCUAAUAUGAGGAGACUGAAGCAGAAAGUAAUCAUGCCUUUUGGGUCAUGCCAACUUGCUCCUAAUUAUGCACAAACCGGUGAUGAGACGUGGAGAAAUCAUAGGUCACAGUUUCAAAGGGAGGCCUAUGUAACAGUCCUCCAUUCUUCAGAAGCUUAUGUUUGUGGCGCAAUAGCCUUAGCUCAAAGCAUCAUUCAGAGCAAAUCCAACAAAGACCUAGUCCUCCUUGCUGAUUACUCCAUUAGUUCCAAGUCCAUCCGAGGCCUAACAACCGCCGGAUGGAAGAUCAAACGCAUCAAACGCAUCCGAAGUCCAUUUGCCGAAAAGGGUUCCUACAAUGAGUGGAACUACAGCAAGCUACGCAUAUGGCAGCUCAUAGAGUAUGACAAAGUUAUGUUUAUAGAUGCUGAUCUUUUAGUCCUAAAGAACAUAGAUAAAUUCUUUAUUCUUCCACAAGUAUCUGCUGCACCAAAUGAUAUGGUGAUUUUUAAUUCUGGGGUCAUGGUAAUUGAACCAUCAUUGUGCAUGUUCAAGGAGUUAAUGUCUAAGAGUUUCAAGCUGGAGUCAUAUAAUGGUGGUGAUCAAGGAUUUCUUAAUGAAGCUUUUACAUGGUGGCACCGGUUGCCUAAAAAGCUCAAUCAGCUCAAAAGUUUCGAUGGGUCGAGCAAUGAGAAGCAUGACAUACCGGAGGAUAGUUAUACAAUGCAUUAUUUGGGGUUGAAGCCAUGGAUGUGCUACAAGGACUAUGAUUGUAAUUGGGACAUGUCGAGUCACCAUCCAUUUGCUAGUGACUCAGCCCACAAGAGGUGGUGGCAAGUGUUUGAUGCCAUGCCAAAGAAUUUGCAACAAUAUUGUGGACUCACUAAGAAAAUGGAUGCAAGGAUAAGGAAGUGGAGAGGGAUAGCUAGGAGAGCUAGUUCUGAUGGGCAUUGGAGAAUUAAGGUUAAGGACCCGAGACAACACCAUUUUUUGGACUAGUUAAGAGAUGCCAAUAGUUGAAUGGAACAAUACACUUUUUUUUUUUUU